AAAGAGACUAGUAGUGAUUCUAGCAAUUCUAUCUAUUCCUAUAGACUUAUAUUACUUUGGCUUUUCUUUUCUCAGUUUUGGUAACUAGCAAAGGAAGCUUUUUCUUUUAUGCAGUGACCAGGUUUUCUGUGGUUGCUUAGGAUUAAUAGCAUCUAGCACAGCUGAAGAAAAAGAUAGUUGGGGAAGAGAAAGGAGGAGGAAACUGAAGAGGAGCAUCAUUUAUACCUUGCUGUAUAUAUGAAAAAGAUUUUGCAGUUUGUGUGAUUUGAGCAUAUUUGUUGCUACACAGCAAGGUAUUUCUUAUUAUCUUCCUCAGAAGGUUUUUCCUUUUAGUUCUUUUUUGUUGUGCCAGCUGAGUCAUCAUGUCUGCCUUGACGCCUCAAAGCGAUAUGCCAACCCCCACUACAGACAAGAUCACGCAGGCUGCCAUGGAGACCAUCUAUCUUUGCAAAUUCCGAGUGUCAAUGGAUGGAGAAUGGCUCUGCCUGCGCGAGCUGGAUGACAUCUCACUUACCCCCGACCCAGAACCUACCCAUGAAGAUCCUAAUUAUCUCAUGGCUAAUGAACGCAUGAACCUGAUGAAUAUGGCUAAACUGAGUAUAAAGGGGUUGAUUGAAUCAGCACUUAAUCUGGGCAGAACACUAGAUUCUGACUAUGCACCUCUUCAGCAGUUCUUCGUAGUGAUGGAACACUGCCUUAAACAUGGCUUGAAAGCCAAGAAGACUUUUCUGGGACAAAAUAAGUCGUUUUGGGGACCUCUGGAGCUGGUAGAGAAGCUUGUUCCUGAAGCUGGAGAGAUCACAGCAAGUGUUAAAGAUCUGCCGGGGCUUAAGACGCCUGCGGGUAGAGGAAGAGCCUGGCUUCGCCUGGCCUUAAUGCAGAAGAAGCUUUCAGAAUACAUGAAAGCUUUGAUUAACAGAAAGGAUCUUCUCAGUGAAUUUUACGAGCCUAAUGCUCUCAUAAUGGAAGAGGAAGGUCACAUAAUUGCUGGCCUCCUAGUAGGGUUGAAUGUCAUUGAUGCAAACUUCUGCAUGAAAGGAGAAGACUUGGAUUCACAGGUUGGAGUUAUUGAUUUUUCAAUGUACUUGAAGGACACGAACAGCAGUAAGGGCAAUGAAGGAGAUGGUCAGAUAACUGCUAUUCUGGACCAGAAAAAUUAUGUAGAAGAACUCAAUAGACACUUAAGUGCCACUGUAAACAAUCUGCAGGCAAAGGUGGAUGCUUUAGAAAAAUCCAACACUAAACUUACUGAGGAGCUUGCAGUUGCAAACAACAGGAUUAUAACACUGCAAGAAGAGAUGGAACGAGUUAAAGAAGAAAGUUCUUACCUCUUGGAAAGUAAUCGUAAGGUAACUAAGCAAGACAGAACUGCAGAUGGACUUGCACUGAGUGAAGCACGGAAACAGUUAAAGGAGGAGACUCAGCUACGGCUGGAUGUAGAAAAAGAACUAGAGGUGCAGAUUGGAAUGAGACAGGAGAUGGAGCUGGCCAUGAAGAUGCUGGAAAAAGAUGUUUGUGAGAAGCAGGAUGCACUAGUGGCACUCAGGCAGCAACUAGAUGAUCUCAGGGCACUAAAGCAUGAACUCUCCUUCAAGCUGCAGAGUUCAGACCUGGGAGUGAAACAGAGGAGUGAAUUAAACAGCCGUUUGGAGGAGAAGACAAAUCAGAUGGCUGCUACUAUUAAACAGCUUGAACAAAGUGAAAAAGAUUUGGUGAAACAGGCAAAAGCCUUAAAUAGUGCAGCAAACAAACUGAUCCAUAAGCACCAUUAGGCAUUUUUGCAACUGGUCACCUCACAACUCUGACAUCGAAACUUAGUUAUGAGGGGAAAAACCUUAAGAAUAGUUAAAAGCAACUGUUAAAAUGUUAAUUGUCAUUUAAAGUUGAUUUGGAAUUUGCUGAAUUUUUAACAUCUUUGGGCUUUUUUUCAGAGAGAGAAAAUUUGGUAGAAGCUUCCUAUUUUGCCAUAUAAACUUUGUUAAGCUACAGAGGAGUUGGCCAAUAAAUACACAAGGAAAGCUUAAGGAAUGAGAGAUUUGUGGCUCUGUACAUACCUUUGAUACGUACUGUAUACAGCACAAGUCUUCAACAUGAAUGGGUAUUAGAUGUGUGGUUCUAUGCCAAUAUCCGAUUGGCCAGUUCUGGGGAAGCCAAAUUAGUUUUCUCUGUUACCCAGUUAUGAAGUAGACAAAGAAAAUGUGUCCCUGGAAGUAGUUGAAAGUAGUUAUGUGCGUAUUCCCAACCAUUACCCUUUCACUUUUGUUCUUUGGGUUUAACCCCAAAACAAGGACAAAUGGGCAUUACAUCUUAAUAUCUUGUCACCAUGAAGAUCCAGUCCUCAUUAACCAAGACUACUUGCAACAAUUUUGCCUUAGUGACUUGGGGUGGGGAGGUAAAUCAACCAUAGAUUCCUUUAAACUUCAUGAAGACAAAAUUAGUAACUAGAUGUCUUAGAGUAAUGUUACAGUAGAACCUCCUGAUCUUUUCAUUGCCUUCUACCUCUGCCAUAAUUCCCUCUAGAAAUAUACUGCAGUUCUUCCUAACUGAAGGAAGCUGAGGAGAGACAGUUGUUCUGUUGGUCUCUCCUCUUCCUAGAAAAGGAAUAGUUACACAUUUUACAAAAAUAUUCUGCUCUUUAUACGUUGGGGUUAAAAAAAAUGAGAGAGAGAGGAAGGAUUGGAACAAGUAGUAGUUUUUUGCUGGCCAGUCCUUGUCUCAGAGUAGCUAGCCUAUAACAAAUCAAAAUAGCUGCCUUUCACUGUUACACUUGUUACAUUUGCUUCUAAGUUUCUGUUGCUUGAUGCGAAUAGGGAAUUUGCUGAGAGUUCUGGCAAAAUAAUGAAAGACCAACUAAAGCUUAGAAAUGGUUCUGACUAGGAAAAAUAAUCAUAAGCUUAACAUCUCACUUCAAAUUUUUUAAAAUUGUAGAUUGGAAUAUUGUAAGUUAGUGUCCUCUUCCCUAUGGUCGCAAGAGGUCACCAGGCUGGUCCCAUACAGGCUUUAGGGUGUAAAUAAUUCUAUAAAUACUUUGCUUCAAGAAAUCAAGUUUGGGUUUUUUUCUGUGUUUAAUAGUUUUUUGUCCUUGUGAAUUGCUUGCAAAAAUUCUGUCUCGUGUAAAUUUCCCACUCGGUCCUGUAGAAUAGGACUCCUUGACACAUAGUGGGAGACUUAUAUGACUCUCAUGCAGCUGGAAAAACUAUUAAUUCGCACUGGACACACUUAAAAAUCUCAGAGGCUCAAUCUUGCCCUCCAGUACACAGGUGGGUAUCACCCCUUAGCUUGUAAAAUUGAUGACUGCACAAUGGCAGACUUUAUAAGACUCCCUGGAAAACAACUACUAAGUAUUUUAGACUGGCUGUUGAGUCACAUGUUUGAAAACACAAAAUUAACCUUGUGAUCUUUUAUUCUGAACUCAUUUGAAUGAUCUACAGAAUAAAAGCUUUCAUCAGGGUAUCCAAAUGGCUAGUUAGGAUUGUUACAACCCCCUGCCAAAUUCUUCUGGUGGACAAUAAACUUUCUCCUAUCACAGCAAUGCUAUAGUAGGAUUGAAGACUUAAGUAUCUGGCAACAUGUCUAAUAUUUGAUCCAGAGUAUAGGUUGCUGUGGUGUAAAUGCCUGUGUGCUUAAUCUGAUGUGAUAGUUGUGGAAGAGACCAGGAAAAUGCACUAAUUCUAAAUAUAGUAGAUAACCUAUGUUGCAAGUUCCAGUUACAUGUGUAAAGCUGAAAUGUAACGUACAUUAAAAUAAAAUUUGACUUAAAAUUCUGUGUACUUGAGGUUUGCUUUGAAUAUGGAUAAAAUGUUUUAUGUUUAUCAUCUAAUAGCUGUAAACUGUAGUAAUAGAAUAAAAAACAUUGAAAAUCAGAGUUUCUUCUGCCUGGUUCACCUACAUUUUGUCUUUCUUUAGAAUAUUUUCAUCCUUCCCAUUGUUUUACCAUACAAUUUGUUUUCCUUUUUUGGG